GAACCUCUUAUUGUACUUGCACUUUCCCCAUUCAAACUUCUCUUCACAAAAACAAAACCAACAACAAAAUCAAAGUUCUCUCUCUUUGUAUACCAAGAAUUCCAAUACAGAAACCCUUAAGUAAAAGAUGAAGAUGAGCAGUAGCAACAUGGGAAGUUCAAAGAGGAAGCUAAUUUCAAGUAGAGGGCUCGGAGGAGUUUUUAGGCAGCAAAAGGCCAGGCUUUACAUAAUCAAAAGAUGUGUGGUCAUGCUCCUUUGUUGGCAUGACUGAAUUUACAUUACUCCAAAUUAUAUUAAUUAAACUCCAGAAAACCCUUCAACAAAAUUGGGUUAUAUGGGUUUGUCCAUAGUCUUUUUAUUCUUCUUUUUUCUUCCCCCCUUCUUGGAAUUGUACAGAGCAGUCGAUUGUAAAAAGAAAAGGAUUUAGCAAAAUUUUGUACUAAAUUUAGGCCCUACUCUAGUGGCCUCUUGUAUACAUCGGAUAGCUUCAAUCAAAGACAAUAUCGAUUUUGAUUAUGUUUUUAGUUUUUACA